GUGCGGGGUGGCCCGGUGGGCGCCGGCGCCGCCCGCGGGUGAGCCGCGAGGUCAGGCGGAGCGUCCGAGGGCAAUACCUGCACCGAGUGGCCAGCGCAGCUACAAAGACGCGGCCCCGUGGGUGGUCCUGGGCGCCACGCCGCGAGGUGGACGGACGAGCGCCCAGACCCCGCCCGGGCGGCUCCCCCGGGACAAGCGGGCCAGGCCCUGCGCGCCCCCCUGAGACCUGCGCUGUAGGGAGGAGCUGCGCCCCGGCUCCCGGGUGGGGGUGCGGCCAGGUGCUGAGAGACGGGUGAGGGCGCGGGGCCCGGGGUAGCUUCCCGGUCGCCGGAGCUUUGCGCCGGAAGCAGGUGGUGUGUGUUUCUAUUACGAGACGACAGGCGAGAGGAGAGUGUGGCUUCCGACAGGCUCAGCUUUGGGCCCGGGCAGCGGGCAGACCGGGGCACUGCCACCCCCGCCCCCGCCCCGCAGUGAUGGUGCUGCGUGUCCUCUCAGGUGCGAAGAAGUGGCUGGAGUGGAGGAAAGAAGUCGAGCUGUUGUCCGAUGUCGCCUACUUUGGCCUCACCACGUGUUCAGGCUACCAGACGCUCGGGGAGGAGUACGUCGGGGUCGUCCAGGUGGACCCGUCCCGGAGCCAAGUGCCGUCGAGGCUGCGCCGCGGCGUGCUGGUCGCGCUGCACAGUGUCCUGCCCUACGUGCUGGACAAGGCCCUGCUCCACCUGGAGCACGAGCUCCAGGCUGACGGCGGCGGCCCCCGGCCCUCACAGGGCAGCCUGACUCCCGGCGUGCGCAGCCGGUCGGGGGUGAGGCGCUGGCUGCGCCGGCGGGCAGCCGCCCUGACGGAGCAGCAGAGGAGGGCCGCGCUGCGGGCCGUGCUGGCAUUCCGGUGGGGCCUGGGCUGCUUCCAGCGGCUCCACGUCGCCUGGUUCUACGUCCAUGGUGCCUUCUACCACCUGGCCAAGCGGCUCACUGGCAUCGCCUAUCUCCGCACCCACCGCCCACCUGCAGAGGACUCGCGGGCUCGUGCAAGCUACCGGCUGCUGGGGUUCAUCUCCCUGCUGCACCUGGCAUUGACCGUGGGCCUGCAGCUCUACAGCCUCCGGCAGAGGCAACGUGCCCGGCGGGAGUGGAAGCUGCACCGCGGCCUGUCUCAGCGCAGGAGCCACACAGAAGAGAAAGCAGCAUCCAGGAAGUCCCUAUGUACCCUGUGCCUGGAGGAGCGCCGGCACUCAACAGCCACGCCCUGCGGCCACCUGUUCUGCUGGGAGUGCAUCACCCAGUGGUGCGACACCAAGACGGAGUGUCCCCUGUGCAGGGAGAAGUUUCCUCCCCAGAAGCUCGUCUACCUGCGGCACUUCCGGUGACCAGAGAACAGAGGGACCCGGGAGUCACCUAACAUCAGGAGAAAACUUGUUUCUCAAGGUUAACUUUAUUUGCACAGAAAUCAUAAAAUCCUCCAAUUUCUUAUUUUUGUCAUAUCAGAUGCUGUGCUAGCAGCUCAGGACAGGCUGGACAGCUGGUCUGAGGCUUCCAGGGCCAGGUUUGGAAGGGGCUCCACCCAGCUCAGUUACCGAGCCGGUGGAUGGUGACGGCGAGACACUGCGGGCCUGUUUCCCCUGCCCCCGCUCCCAUACAGCCAAGUCAGUUCAGGAACCUCACUCCUUAGAACAAGGCUCUAGGCUUCCGCUCCCUUCCCCAAACCACAGCUGAGAACUAUUUUCAGGAAUGGGCCAGGACAUGCUUUAUUCACUUAUAUUAUCAGAAAAUGAGCCGACAUCAGCCAGAUGGUAAGGGUUUGGCCUGAACGUGCAAGUGUUGAGCGAGCAGAGAACGCAGCUGCUUUUGGCAGCAAGGUCAGUCGGCCAGCACCCACACCCCUGGACCUCGCCUGUCACCAGAGCUGGCUCCUGAGUGGCCAGGAGAAACCAAGGAGCCCUAUUUCUAAGAUAUUUGGCAUGUACCUCCUAACACGUGUCAAGUUUGUGUGCCGUUCCGGAAGUGGAAGUCUGCACCUGGGCCCUACGCCGGCCCGGGGUCUCCUCUCGCCCGCCCAGGGCUCCUGGAGAGGCAGAGCCAGCAGGGGGGACAAGUUCCAUCUUCUAAGGCCAAACCCACAAACCACCACAGAGGCCGGUAGGCAGGCUGGCUCCACCAUUAGGUCACCUAUGUGCAGCCUACUUCCUGCCACCUUUUUUUUGUUUGUUUUCGGGGUUUUAACACUAACUUGUAGAAGAGAGAGGACUUGGCCAUCCUUACAUAGGCAUCCUUACGAACAAAUCCCACGAGUGCUGGUACAUUGAGGAUACCGUGAGGGUGAAGUGAAACUCGGGUUCCGUGAAGCUGGUGUAAAGCGUCCUUCCGGGGGUGACCUCUGCUCCAGCUGUAACGUCCCCCCGGGGGAGGGGGGGCAGCACAGACGUGUGGCAUAGGCCUGCGCUCCUGAGUGCGACUUAGCCGGUGUCCAGGAAUAGACACAGCUCGGCAGCCUCGUUAACAAAGGUCAUGGGGAGUUGCCAGACAAGCUGCUGUGACCAUGGCCCAGCUGACCUCUAGACAAGGAGCCCCCUGUCCCACUCUUGAAAAUCUUUAGUCAUGCUCUGACCGAGCACACACAACUUCCCAGCAGGCACCUUAGGCCUGAGCAUGGACUAGGGAAGCCAUGAAAGGUGCAGCUCUCUAGAGCACGGCUGUGUCGAAGCCACAACGCAAUGGAAGCACCAAUCAGAAUCCACAAUCAGGUUGACAAAGGUUUUCACAUGGCCUCUUAAAAGCCAGAGGAGCUCAAUUCCAGGUAUGCAAAACCUUGCAAAAGAAAAGGCACAGCCAGCAGUCGUCUGACUACGGGAAACUGAUUAUGGUGACAAGCGAGCAUACCCCCUCUGGACCAGGGACAAAAGACUGACUUCAGUGUCUGCCCCAGUGACAGCCAAGGUCACAUCCUGUUGGUCUUGGCAAAAAACGGUUCUGAUGGGCAGCGAGCUGUAGUGUUAGAUAAAGACUACACAAGAAAGGGGACACUGUCUUUAAUAAAGUUGGAAUUAAAAAGUUACUUA